GAGGGAAGAAGAAAAAUAUAUAAAUAAUAAUAUUGAUACAGUUAAUGAGUUAACGAAGAACGAAAACAAAAAAAAUUGUAAACAAACCGAAAAUGCGUGAAGUUGACCGUAACGUUUUCCGCGACGAAUAGCGAAAACGAGCAGCGCGAACCUUCGCCAUAUUUUUUGGGCCGGUUCAUUAAUUGUGGAUUUCGUACCGAUAUAUAUAAUAGUUUUGUCGCGAUGAAGGCGUCCGACGAAGACGAAGAGGAGGUGGUCUCGCGAACCGUUUUCGUGUAGACGGCGGACCGAGGUCGGUGGUCGUGUCAGGAGGAUCGUCGUUCGUCAAUUGUCGUCAUGUACCCCAGUUCAUGGCUGUGGGCACUGUGGUUGCUGCUGUUGGUCGGUGCGGUAGCAGCCCAGAAGACUACUGAUGCAGUGACAGUGACGCCUGUGGAUGUCGCGGCGUGUCCCGAACGGUGCGUCUGUCCGAAGAGACGGGUUGGCGAUAAGUUCAGCAAAGUUAAAUGCGGCGGGCUUGAUAAGCCUGUCAUGUAUCUCAGUGAGAUACCACUGGUUCAGCUGUCAAACUUUACUGGAGUCACGUUCUUGGAUCUGUCCAGCAAUGUGAUCGCUGCUCUGCCCACAAACGCCAUAAUCAUCCAAACUUUACAAAAGCUAGAUCUGACUAAAAACCUAAUCUCUAUUAUUCAAGAUGGAGCAUUUCGUGGUACACCAAAUCUUAAAAUACUGACAUUAACUGACAACAAACUCAGAAAUAUAUCUCAAGGCAUGUUUGAAGGGCUCUACUCAUUAGAACAAUUAAAAAUAAACAAAAAUAUGAUUGCUCAAAUACCAGGCAAUACAUUUACAUUUUUGAUUUAUCUCACUAGAUUAGAUAUAUCAGAUAACCCAUUAGUUUGUGAUUGUGAAAUUUCUGGUUUUCUUGAGUGGGUCAAAAAAAAAGUAAAAUUAGGACCGAAAUCUGAAUGCCAUGAACCAACUUCUUUGAAAGACACACCUAUUAAAAAUCUACGUCUUGAUAUGUUGAAUUGUGUGCGCCCAAAAUCAAAUACACCUCCAGCUAUCGAAAUUUUACCUAACUCAAAUCUUGUUCUUUUUGAAGGCGAUUCAAUAGAGCUAUUAUGUCGUGCUGUUGGUACAGAUGCUCUAGAAGGUAUUAUUUUGGCUUGGAAUAUAAAUGCAUUAAAUACUAAUGCUUCAAUAAUUGUUACUGACGGAGAUUUUGAAAACACUGGUUUAAUUCAAAGUAAUUUGUCAAUAGCAAAACUUAACACAAAUCAUACUGGAAAAUAUGAAUGUAAAUUGAACUCAUCUAGUGGAACUCGAAUUCAAUCAAUUUCACUGACUGUUAUUUCAAAUAAAACUAAAUUCUGUGGAGUUGAAGAGAGUAAAGACAAUAAAGGAACAUAUUAUUGGACCCGUACCGUCUCAGACGUAAUAACUGUUAAACAAUGUCAAGCAAAUGAAGAAGUUGAACCUUUGGCUAGAGGAACAGUCAGUAGACAUUGUAAUUUAAAUGGUGUAUGGGAAGUACCCGAUACUUUAGACUGUCCUUAUACAAGUCCAACUACUCGUAUUUUUUACACACAAUCAAAAACAAAUGUUACUCAUAAAGAUAGCUCAGAAACGGCUAGGCAAUUAUUUAAUUAUACAAGAGAUCAUUUUAAUGAAAUUAAAGAUAAUCUUGAUAUUAGUUUUAUUGCAGACAUAGUAGAUGACUAUUUGGAUGUAAUACGCAAUGAAAAAUCGCUAGCACCAAUUGUAGUAGAUUUAAUAAGUUUGAUGGCUGAACUACCUAGAGAACUACUAUUAGCUGCUCAAAAAAAUGAUAAAUCUACUUCCAGACUUGUGAAUGCUUUAGAAACUUCUUUAGAAUUUGCUUCACCAUUAAAUUCUCGAUGGACAUCAGCUAUAGCAAUGGAACAAUUUAUUAUUUCAAAAGAAAAUUUCAAUGGAUUAAUAUGUAUAUGGGGUCGAGACCAAGAUUCCCCUACUACAAUGAAUUCAUUGAUGUGUCAUGUUUAUAACAAUGAUAGUAUUUAUCAAAACAAAAUUAUUGAAGCGUCGAUAAAAGUACCACAUUCAUUAUUUAUGAGUGACUUGAAAACAGAUUUGGUUAGUAAUGAAAUAAAAUUAAUAUUCAUAGUGUAUGAAGAUGGAAAAAUGUUUCCCGAGCCAAUGAUAACAGCUGAAGACAAUGUUACUUUACUACCUACAGAAAUAAAGUCUUGCAUUUUAGUAACAAAGUUAGUUGGUGUUGAAAUGGAUGUUAUACCAGAACCACUAAUCUUAACAUUACGUCAACCUGAAAAUUAUGAUCAUUAUUUAACGAUGAGACCUAGCCCAUCAUGGUGGAAUCCUUUAUCAGGAUUGUGGGAUAUAAAUCCAAACACCAGUUGUCAGCUGGCACGUAUUACUGGUGGCAUGUUGGAGUAUACAUGUAAUAGAUUUGGUUAUUUUGCAUUGACUAUGAGUCCAACACUGGUGCAUAAUAUUUUUCCUUCAACAACAAAUAUUACUGUUAAAAAGAAAACAAAGUUAUUUGCACACACAUCAAUUUACAUUGGCACUUUUGCAGGAAGUACAUUUCUUUUAUUUUCUGUCACUCUCUAUACAAUACUCAAUAGCAACAUACAAAUGGCUAAAAAAUUGAAGCACUCUCUUCCCAAUACAUGGUUUGCAAUGGCUAUGUUUUAUUUAAUCUAUUGUAAUGGUAUUCAUCGGACUGAAAAUCCAAGAACUUGCCAAAUAAUAGGAUUGCUGAUUCAAUUUUUUAGUUUAGCCCCAUUGUUUUGGAUGACAGUGACUAUUAAAGUUUUAUGUAAACGAGUUCAUAAGCCAUUCCUUCCAGCUGGCACACCAUCUGAUGAUGGUGGUGGUAUGAAUAUUCCUCAUGAAGAUGUUGUGGUCAAAAAGCCAUUACUGGGUAUAUAUAUGGUUGGCUGGGGCAUUCCGAUGUUAUUGUGUGGAAUGUCGAGUGCUGUCAAUUUGCCUGGUUAUGGAGGUCAUGAAGGAGAUUAUUGUUUCUUAAAACCGGGUCCUGCUUUUGGUUUUAUUCUUAGUGUAGCUUUAGUAGUUAUUAUUGGUAUCUUCUUCCUCAGUUUAAUUAUUUCCUGUGUUGCCAAUGAUCUCGACUCAAACGUACAACUUUCAGAAGGUACACAAGCAACUGACUUGGAAUUAUUAGACCAGACAAAUAGUAUGGUUGAACAUAAUAGUUGUCGUAGCCUUACUACUCCAUCAAGCAAAGUAGAAGACCCCGAACAGUCUCCUGUUGUCCAACUACGAUUUUUUAACGGAACUCUAUUGGGAUAUUUGUUGACGGUUGCAAUGACUUAUUUUAAUGUAACAGUCAUGCACAGUCCAACAAUACAACUAUGGUUGGGUGUGUGGUUUGCUUGUUUUAAUAUAUUUCAAAACUUUUUGAUAAUGUGGUUUUACAUAUUUGUACGAAAUGAUGUUCAGAACGCAUUUGUAGAACUCAAAGAACAUCGAUGGGGAAGAAAAAAAGUAGUAGAUUCAGUACGUGCUCCAUCUAUUAGGACUGAUAGUUUUCAAUCUGUGAGACCAAAGUCUAAUAGUGAAGUGGUAUCACUGCAAUCCUUUAGAUCACCUCAAUUACAACUUGUAAUGAUGAGACAUCAAUUAAAUGCAGAACAUCAAAUUGAUUAUUACAAUCCACAUCAAAUAACUGUAGCAAAACGGUUUUUCAAAAAACAAAGGAGAAAACAAAAUAAUUUACCUCGACGUCCACCACUGACUUCACCAGAACUAACUGAUAAUGGUGCUUACUACUGUCAAAAUGGUAAAACCAAUAAUCUACGGCUAGAACUAAAACAAAAUGGUGUGUUCUCAGACAGUGCCAUUACUGAUCAUGAAUAUGUUGAAGUAGAUGGCCAUACACAAUAUCAACAUAAAUAUAUGCAACCAAGAGAUUACUCGACUGAAGAAUUUGUAACCAGCCAAAUGAGUGGUGCUAGUUGUGAAGGUAUUUCAGACAGUGUCACCGAUUGUGGACGGAACAUAAGCGAAAAAGAAACUUGCAGUAGUCCACAUGUGAUAGUGUCUGAUUGUUCAAGUGCGAAUCCAUUGAAUCACACGUAUGAAACAAUAACUCCAAAAAAAGAGAGAUGGACAGAUGCCAACAAAAGAAAAAAGGACAUGAGAAAAUCUCAUAAGGCAUCUGGCUAUACACUUGCUAGAACUAACAAAUCGGAUAGCGACGAAAAUGAUGAGACUUGUGUUUAGAAUAAAAAUCCUUGUAACUAAGUUAAUGAAACUGAUACUCAAAUGUAUAUAUACAUCAUAAUAUGUUGCAAUAAUUAGACUGGUAUUUUUUCAAAGUUGAAGAAUUAAAAUAUUUAGUUUUACAUUUUUUUUCAUUAGCUAGUCUAGUUCUAGAUAGUAAUAAUUUAUAUAAAUAUUCAAUAUUGAUUUAUUACUAACGGUGUUGUUUUUACGAAGUAUAUCCUAUGUUGUAUGUAUUUUUUCUGUACUAAUUAGGGUAUAUUCUCAUAUUUAAUUGAAAAUUAAUCCGUUGAUAAAUGAGUGAUUUAUACAGCAAAUUAGUAAUAAAAUAAUUCCAUUAACACCCUUCAAAUGAAUUUAACUUAAUGAUUUUAUUUCUUAUUUAUUUAUACUUUUUUUUUGGAACUUGAGUUAAAUACUAACAAAUUUUAUUUCAUGCUUUAGUAUUUUUAGUUUAUUUCUUUAUUGUUAGUUACUAUAGUUUUAAAACAGUUUAGUCUUAUGUUUAUUUGAUUUGUAAUUAAUUUUAAUUUUAUACCUAGUAUUUACAGGUAAUCCAGCUGUACUACUGCCAUUCGCUUUUUUUUUCUUAAUUUAAUAUAAUAAAUAACAUUAAUUAUUUGUACAGUAUUAAAUUAAUAAUACAUAAUAACUAUUAUUUUAUAGCAUUUAUUUUUGGACCAUAGCUAUAAUAUAUACAUUAUUAAUUAGGUAUAGUUUAUUUAAGUCACAACGUCAUUCUGUAGUUUUAUUUUGAUGAAUUUCACUAAGCAAUACCA